CCCUAAUUGCUAUCAGGCCACCGCGUAUCUUAUUUAUAUAUAAACGCUAUAAAUUAAAAUAAGUUAGAUAAAGUAAUCAUUAACUAACAAAGGAAUUUUACCUAUUUUUUAAACUGAGGGCGUACAGCAAAAAUGGCCCAACCACGAGUGGAUACGGUAGUAGCUCCAGCGGAAGCUGACGACAAACUAAUUAUAGUCACUGGGUUUGGACCAUUUGUUGGACAUGAAGAUGUAAAUGCCAGUUGGGAAGCUGUGCGUCUUUUGCCAGAUGAGCUCAUUUGGCAUGGACACCACUACAAACUGGAUAAGCGGGAAGUGCCAGUAGAGUAUGACGCGGUGGACAAGGCAGUGGAUGAAAUUUGGGCACGUCAGCCAGAGCUUGUCAUACAUUGUGGUGUUCACGGUAGUGCCAGUUGCAUCCAUGUAGAAAAGUUGGCAUAUAAUCACAAAUUUACGCGACCAGAUUAUACCAGACAGCAUCUGCCGAAAGGUACGGCUUGCUUGGUGAAUUGUAACGCUAAUUUCAAAGAUAAUCAAAUUUUACAUUGUGGUUUGGAUGUGGAUAAAAUCGUUCAAGUUGUUGCUGAGUCAUGUGAGUGUAUACCAACAGCUACUGAUGAAGCCGUAGAAAGUGUAGCCGCGGCAGAGGCUGUGCCACUGACGGUCGCCAAAAGUUCUGAUGAUGUGGGCAAUUACUUGUGCGGUUAUAUAUAUUUAAAAUCUCUGGAUAGAAACAGAAAUCGAACAUUGUUCAUACAUGUACCGCCCAUAAACUGUCCAUUCUCUUCGGAGGAGACGAAAGAGGUUGUGUUGAGAAUAAUUGAAGAAUGUGUGCGUCAAGUGAGAGAGAAAGGGAAUAAAUGCUUCUGAAGGUACAGAAAAUGUGCAACUAUUUUAAAAAAUAUUAAUUAAAAAAAUAAACUGUUAUAUAUAUACGAACAAUUUUUUAUCAUAAAACAAAAAUAUAUUUUUGUAUCUGGUUAAGCUUUUCCUAUUAAUCGUCACAGAAGUAUUAUUAAGUAAAUAUGUAUGUGCAUUUACGAAUAUACGAACAAGUGUUAUUUAGCUAAUAAAAAAUUAACUACCCCAA